GUAAAAUAGAGAGAAGCAAAUAAAAGAUAGUUACUGGAAAAGCUCAAUAAAAUUAUAUCGUCUUCAAAGUUAAACGUAGAAAAAAGUAUGAAUUUAUUGAAGUGGACAGACAAAUAAAUUAAAUUUCUGUAAACUUCAAAUUAUAUUGGAAAUUUCUGUAAGCUACAACACAUUUAAAUCUUUACAAAAAUAUUGAUAUAAUUUUUCUUUGUUAAUAAAUAAGCGAUUAAAAAUAGAUAUUAGCCUAUACAAUAAAAGGAGGGAGUUUUAACUUGUUUAAGUGGUAUGUCGAAAAAACGGUUAAGUGUCGUCUAUGGCCAAGUAUGUUAACAGCCCAUUGCUCUCUGCAUUGACGGAGGGGCAGGAUCGCUCUUCAUUAAAACUCCAUAGUGGUAAAGAAAGCUCAAAACAAUAUUCAGCAGCCAGUUCCUCAACCUCGGUAGAAUUCCCUGUACCAACAACUAGUUCGAACAGCAAACUUUUUCCUGUAAAAAAAAACAAACGUGUUUUAAAAGGAAACAUUCAUAAUUUACGCAGUACCAGUUUAACAUCUUCAAGAACUGAACUCAAGCGACAAAUAAGCAGCACUGAAGUAGCUGUUCUCGAUUCCAAUAAUAAAAAGCCACGUCUAAGUGCAUUGAACGAGAAUUCUACUGCACAAUCGAUAUUGAUUACUGAUUGUAUUGCUCAUAGAACAAGAUCAAAAACUCUUUUACUUCAAAAGCGUUCGAUAACCGUAGAACCUAUUCCUGUUAAAAAAGAGUCACCAAAAGUUCAAUUACCACAGGAUAUAAGUUUCAUAGGCAGUAACAAAUCAGCUGCCAAAAAUACAAAAAAUAGCCUUUUAAAUUACUAUCGAGAAACUCGUAACAUAAAUCGUAACCAGCCGAAAAAAGAAGAAAUAAGCGCGAGUACUCCUAACACAUCAUCAAUUCCAAAAAUCAAGCCAAGUUUAAAAAAGAAAUCAAGUUAUUUCACAAAAAACAAUUCUGCAAAUAAAUCGAAUAACACAUUCAAUAUAAAUUUCGACCAAAAGAAAAUUAAAAAAGUACGCCAGACUAAUAGAAGUAAUAAACAUUACACAAAUCCUCUACCCACAUCAUCAACAACUGAAAAGACUCAGAACAGUUCUCGUAAAUUCACGGAAACUCCAUUUAAUAGCCGUAGAAGUCAGCUUAUUAAAUCUUCUGCUAUUGAAAAUAACUUGGAAGAAACUGGAGAUAAAACUAGAGUUCCUUCGGAUGUGAAAAAUUAUAAUUUAAUGGCCCAGCAACUAUCAAGAACAUCGACUGAUAUCGGCGGUGGGCAGACUACUUCAGGGGGGUCUAAUGGAUCAGAUAAAAAUACAACAGCUUCGACAAGCACGCCUGGAACAGCACCUGGCGACUCUGAAAGUGAUGAUAGUGAGGUUGGACGUUUACAGGCGCUUUUAGAGGCCAGGGGCUUGCCUCCACAUUUGUUUGGAGCCUUGGGACCUCGUAUGACACACAUUCUACAUAGAACAAUAGGCAAUAGUAGUUCUUCAAAAGCCCAACAGCUUUUACAGGGACUUCAGUCCAAUGAUGAAAGUCAACAGCUACAAGCUGUUAUAGAAAUGUGUCAGAUGUUGGUAAUGGGCAAUGAGGAUACCCUAGCAGGUUUUCCAAUAAAGCAAGUUGUUCCGGCGCUAAUAACAUUACUACGCAUGGAACAUAACUUUGAUAUUAUGAAUAAUGCAUGUCGUGCUCUUUCAUACAUGCUGGAAGCACUACCUCGAUCGUCUGGAACAGUGGUUGAUGCAGUACCAGUAUUUUUGGAAAAAUUAAAGGUCAUUCAAUGUAUGGAUGUUGCCGAGCAAAGUCUUACAGCUUUGGAAAUCUUAUCCCGUCGACAUAAUAAAGUCAUACUUCAAGCAGGCGGUGUAGCUGCAUGUCUUAAAUUUUUAGAUUUCUUUUCAAUGAAUGCACAAAGAGCUGCUCUUUCUACUACAGCUAACUGUUGCCUCAAUUUACAUGCAGAGGAGUUUCACUUUAUAUCAGAAAGCAUGCCACUUCUUGCACAGUUGUUAUCACAAUUAGACAAGAAAUGUGUCGAUAGUGUUUGUACUGCAUUCAGUCGCUUGGUUGAGAGUUUCCAACAUGAUUCGUCUAGUUUAGAAGAAAUUGCCAGUGGAGAUCUACUUAAAAACUGUCAGCUUUUGCUUGUUAUGUCUCCGUCAAUUCUUAAUACAGGCACCUUCACUAGCGUCAUACGAAUGCUUAGUUUAAUGUGUAGCAGUUGCCCUAAUUUGGCUAUUGUUUUAUUGAAAAAUGACAUCGCAUCAACAAUUCUGUAUUUGCUAACCGGAUCAGCCCAAAUAAUACCCUCAAAUGAUGUUGAACUCGUUCCACGAAGUCCACCAGAACUUUUUGAAAUUACAUGCUUGAUUGGAGAACUCAUGCCCAGAUUACCCACAGAUGAAAUAUUUGCUGUAAAUGCUUUAGUGGACCGUCCAUUAUUAAACACGCAAGAUGAAGUCCAAUGGCAGUGGCGUGAUGAUCGUGGUACAUGGCACUCAUAUUCCCCAGCUGAUUCUCGGAUAAUAGAUUCAGCACACAUGAAUUCCGAUGAUGAGAUUACUCUAAAUACUCAUGGUCGAAAUUAUACUGUUGAUUUUCAUUCAAUGCAACAAAUUAAUGAUGAAACAGGCACAACACGUCCUGUUCAGCGAAAACUUAAUCAAAAUUAUGUGCCCACUUCAUCUCCAUCUAGUUCAUUACUAAUUGGUCAGGAUUUAUCUACUAGUGGACCAUUAACUCAAACGAAUGACUUUAAUCAAACAGCAUAUGGAAGUGUAUUAGCAAUACAAAAUGAAAAUGCAUCAAUCAACGCUCAAUAUGAGGAAUGUGGUUUAGAAUCGAAAUUUAUAAAAAAUCUUUUUAACGUGCUUUAUGAAGUUUACAGUUCAUCAGCUGGCCCUAAUGUACGCUACAAGUGUCUUCGAGCAAUACUCAGAAUGGUUCAUUAUGCAAGCCCAGAUCUUCUUAAAGACAUUCUUAAAAAACAACUAGUUUCUAGUCACAUUGCAGGAAUGAUGGCAUCAAACGAUUUGCGAAUUGUAGUUGGCGCUUUACAAAUGUCUGAAAUUUUAAUGCGAAAACUGCCUGAUGUAUUUGGUAUACAUUUUAGACGAGAAGGAGUUCUUCAUCAGAUCAACCAAUUGGCACACCCAAAUAAUCCAAUUUAUAAAGGUUCACCAUCUGUUUUGCCAAGUUCAAGUAGCAAAGUUGUCACACAAACGACGACGUCAUCUGCUUCUCAAGAAAAUCUUUUCUCUAUGGAGAGUAACAAUUCUGCUGCCCCAAGUACGUCAAGGUCACAUGGAUCUCGUUAUAAAAAUUCUUUAAACAUUUCCAAUCUUCAAAAUGCUACUAAAGCAGGAACUAGUGCUGGAUCAGAACAUUAUCAUGUUAAUAAUUCACACUACUUUAAUCCACCACAAGAGGGAUUGGCGAGUUCCCUAUCAGUUAACGAGAAUUGCUUUGUUUAUUCCACACCCACAUCGUAUGCUUGUCAUUAUAAUCAUCAACAACAGCAACAGCCACCAGAACAUGCAUCUCGUUCACAUUUUCAGUCACAUCGAAAUACAGAUAUACUUCCAACAUCGGUUUCUUCAAAUACUUACAACACGUUUCUUGAAGAGCCCUCUACUAAUUCAACACAACUGUCUUCUUCAGCCAGUGUAAGCUUUGCAAUACAAAGUAAGGUAUCAGAUAUUCUUAAACGGAACGUCCCACCAAAAAGAAAAUCACAACCGAGCAAUAGAUCAAAGUCCAAGCAGGACGAUUCUAUUGUUCAGGAUCUUAUAAACCGGGCUACAGGAACGGGAAGCAGCAAUAGCAGUAGUCGUUUUACUGCGAGCGCAAAUCAUGAGACUACCCGAUCUCGUUUUGGCGGAGGAACCACAUCAAGUGGUACCAGUUCUAAAUCAUCUUUUUUGUCUUCUCUGAAUCCAGCCCGUUGGGGGCGUCAAGGAUCUCACAACACUUCUCUUGUCAAAGAUUCUUCAACUCCAAAUUGUAUUUCAGGCAAUGUUAAUAAAAACGUCUCCCAUGUUAAUCAAAUGGCAGCAGUUAAUCGUGAGAAAGCUCGGCAAUGGAUACGUGAACAGGCGAUUUCAUUCGUUAAACGUUACACUGAAGAAGAAAUAUCUAAGUCUAUUAUAUCUGGAUCUAUAAUAUUAUGUCGUUUGUCGGUUGUAAUAACAAAUUUAGAAGGAAGUUUUAGCCAGUGCCUUGAAGCACUUCAAGAAUUAAAAGUAAUUCUAAUGGAAAAUGAUAUUUCUCCAUUUGAAGUGAAUCAUUCAGGUUUAAUUAAGUCGAUGUUGCACUUUAUGGCAGUGGAAAAUGAUGUAGUGAGUCGUGAUCGAAGACUUCGUGCUUUCUUGCAUGUAUUUGCUGGACUUCCUUUGGAAAGCUCAAUUAGUUGUACUGUUAUGCCCAAUAUGGAACCAUCAGCAUUUAGUGCAUUUGUUGCCAAGCUUAAUGGUUGCGUUACACAGUUGGAGCAAUUUCCAGUCAAAGUACAUGAUUUCCCUUCAGGUACAGGAGGUCAUUCGAAUAUAAGUGCUUUGAAAUUUUUCAAUACACAUCAACUCAAGUGCAAUUUGCAACGACAUCCCGAUUGUAAUAAUCUUCGCCAAUGGAAAGGAGGAACCGUUAAAAUUGAUCCAUUAGCUAUGGUUCAAGCAAUUGAAAGAUAUUUGGUAUCAAGAGGCUAUGGUGGCAUACGGGAAGAGUCAGAUGAUGAUUCGGAAGAAGAUAUGGAUGAUAAUGUAGCUGGAAUUGUAAUGUCGCACAGUGUAUUUAAACAUAAAUUGCAAUUCUUAAUUGGAGAUAAUAUAUUGCCGUAUGCUAUGACUGUAUACCAAGCCGUUAAACAAUAUUCCCCUCUUAUUAAUGAACAAUCAGAAACAGAUACAGAACCUGAAAUAUAUUUAGAAAAUGCAAACAUAUGGGCACAACAGCAUACAAUAUACUAUCGACUCCUUGAAGAUCAGUCUUUGGCAAAUGAUUGGUGCGGCAGCAAUAACGAUUCACUUAAAGCAUCUACCACUUCGAAAUCAGCAAGUGGUUCCUUGUCUAAAAAAGGUAUCAGUAAAAGUUCAUCGAAACUUAUUAAGAAAAAGACCGAUCUCUGGCUGGAUGGAGUUGCCCCUGAAAUGUUAUCUCCAUUGAAACCAUUUUUACUCAAAGAACUACCUACUGAAAUUGUAAGUGUACAAGACGCUUCAAUCGAUGCACUUUGCAUGUUGCGCAUUGUUCAUGCGCUAAAUCGUAACUGGGAAAGUCUUUAUGAUUGUGCUGUUCGACAAAAUAUCAUAAGCCAAUCCGAAUUCAUACACACAAAGCUUACAGCUAAAGCUAAUCGCCAACUUCAAGAUCCACUUGUAAUAAUGACUGGAAAUCUGCCACAAUGGCUGCAACAAAUACCUAUGGCUUGUCCGUUUCUAUUUCCUUUCGAAACUAGACAUCUUCUGUUUUAUGCAGUUUCGUUUGAUCGGGAUAGAGCUCUGCAACGUCUUUUGGAUACAACUCCUGAUUUAAAUUCUGUCGAGAGUUCAGAACGCGUUGCUCCACGUCUAGACCGACGUAAGCGCACAAUAGCUCGUGAAGAAAUAUUGAAGCAAGCUGAACACAUAAUACAAGAUUCUGGUCAUUCGAAAGCUCUGCUGGAAAUUCAAUAUGAAAACGAAGUUGGCACUGGAUUGGGUCCUACUCUUGAAUUUUACGCACUUGUAUCCGCUGAAUUGCAACGCACUGAAUUAGGACUAUGGAAUGGCAACAACAGCUACAAACCCACAUCAUACUCAUUGGCAGAUGUUGUAAAAUCUAGAUCAACACAUAAAGAAAGCUAUAAACAAAAAUUAACAUCUCCCAAUGACGACGUCAGUUUGAGGGUUAAAACAAGAAGUGAGGACAACACUUCACGUCAUGUUUCAUCAAGUAUACAUGUUGAAAACAAUACGAGUGUAAAUUCAAUUGCUCUGAAUAUUGUUGAACUAGGCCAACAACAAAACACUGAAGAUGAAAGUUUUGUUCGAACUGAAAUAGAUAAAGCUCCAGCGAAUGUGCCUUCUUAUGUCGACGCAAUACAUGGAUUAUUCCCAAUGCCUCUGGGAAAAUCUUCUAAGCUUGCAUAUGUAUCGAAGGUUAAAUCUAAAUUCAAAUUUUUGGGUAAACUAAUGGCCAAAGCAGUAAUGGAUAGCAGAAUGCUUGAUUUAGCCUUUUCAACACCUUUCUAUCGAUGGCUGUUAGGUGAGGAACAAUCGACUGGGUUGAUUGAUCUAGCACGUGUCGCACCUGAGGUUCAGAAAACUUUGGUGCGGUUAAAAGAAGUCGUGAAAGAGCGUGAUAUGAUUAAACAGGAUUCAAAUAUAGAUUCUGUGUCAAAAGCUGAAAAGAUUGAAAUGCUGAGUUUGGAUGGGUGUCUCAUUUCGGACUUAGGACUUGAUUUUGUACUGCCUGGACAUGCUAAUAUUGAGUUGCGACGUGGAGGACGGGACAUACCUGUAACAAUUCAUAAUCUACAUAAUUACAUAUCUCUUGUAUCCUACUGGUUUCUUUUUGAAGGUGUUCAAAAGCAAUUUGAAGCUUUGCGGGAAGGGUUUGAUAUGGUAUUCCCUUGUCAUCGCUUAAAAGUAUUUUAUCCUGAAGAACUGGAAAAUGUCUUUUGUGGUUCAGGUAACCCGAACUAUCAGCCGUGGGAUUUAAAAAUGUUGCAGGAAUGCUGUCGAACUGAUCAUGGUUUUUCUCAAGAUUCGCAAGCAAUACAAUUUUUGUUUGAUAUAUUAGCAUCGUACAAUAGUGAAGAGCAGCGAUUAUUUUUGCAAUUUGUUACUGGAAGUCCAAGGUUACCUACAGGAGGGUUUAAAUCGCUUACCCCGCCGCUAACAAUAGUUCGGAAAACUCUUGAUACUGACCAAAAUCCAAAUGAUUAUCUUCCGUCUGUGAUGACUUGUGUUAAUUACCUAAAAUUACCUGAAUAUUCAAGUUAUGAGGUUAUGAGGACUAAAUUGAAGAUUGCUUCUACUGAGGGAAGCAUGUCUUUCCAUUUGUCUUAAAAAAAAAAAAAAUACAAAAAAAAAAAAACAAAA